AUGGAUUCUUCAUCAACAAUCGAACAUGAAAAACUGCCUAAUCCAAAUUCUCUAUGGAUAUUACUGGAUAAAUUAGGUGAAGGUACAUAUGGACAAGUUUUUCGGGCUAAAUAUCAUAAUGUUGAUGAAUAUGUAGCGGCAAAAAUAAUUCGUUUAAAAUCUGACGAUAUCUCGAAUGAAUUCGAAAAUGAAUUAAAUAUUUUACAGAAAAUUUCUAAACAACAAGAAAAUUUACCUGAUUUUAUUGGUUUAUAUGGUGAUAGUAAUGAAUUCCGUGUUCCACGUAUAUGGUUUAUUAUGGAACUAUGUCAUUUAGGGCCAAUUACUCACCUAUUAAAACAAAUUCAAAAGGGAAAUCAAUUAAGUAGAUAUGAAAAAGAAAAAUUAAUCGCUUAUGCAUUACAAAGUACAUUAAAAGCAUUAAAAUAUCUUCAUCAAUCUGGUAUUAUGCAUCGUGAUGUCAAAGGUAGUCAUAUAUUAGUAACAAAAAAUUAUAUUAUAAAAUUGAUUGAUUUUGGUGUGGCUGCUUUAUUCAGUAAAGAACAAUCAAAACGUAAUUCUAGUGUUGGUACUUCUCUUUGGAUGGCACCUGAAGUCAUUGCAUGUGCUCAUCAAUUGGAAUAUUCAUUUGAUGAAAGAUGUGAUAUAUGGUCUCUUGGUAUAACAGCUAUUGAAUUAGCUGAUGGUGAAGCACCAUUAAGUCAUUAUCAUCCAACAAAAGUUCUGUUUGAAGUUCCACGUCGACCAUCACCGACAUUAAAAGAUACAACACAAUGGUCAACGAGUUUUAAUAAAUUCAUUUCAACUUGUUUAAUUAAAGAUUAUGAAUAUCGACCACGCGCAGAACAAUUAUUAACAGAGCAAAUAUUUGUUAAUUUUGAUGAUCAAACAACAGAUUUAUAUCGAGGUUUAUUAAAAACUUAUCAUAUGAAAUGUUCAUCAGUAGAUAUUUCAGAAAAAUCAGUUGAAAGUGAUCAAUCAACAAUAGUUAAUGAUGAUACUGGAGUUUUAAAUAUUAAUCCUUGGAUUGAAAAUAUACGUAAACCAGCAGAUUUAAUUGAUUCUGAAAAUAAUUUAGCACAAAUUGAUUAUCUUGAUCAACAACGUCUUAUUAAUUCAAUUCGAAGACGGUUUAGUAACACAUUAAUUUAUACAUAUAUAGGUGAUGUUUUAUUAGCCAUUAAUCCUAAACAAUUUUUGCCCAUUGAUAAUCUUCAUUUUCAAUUAAAAUAUUUAAAAAAUACAACAAAUUUAUUGCCGCAUGUGUUUGCAAUAGCUACAAAUGUUUAUAAUCAAAUGAUGAUUAGUCGACAAGCACAAUGUAAAACACAUGCAGCACAAAAUCUAAUUAGUGAAUUAGCUCUACUUGGUUUUGGCGAACAACGUGCAUUAGAAAAUCGUCUUGUUACAAUGAAUUUAUUACUUGAAUCAUUUGGCAAUGCUGAAACAUCAUUAAAUAAAAAUUCUUCACGUUUUGGUAAACUUCUUGAUAUAUUUUUUACUGAAUAUGGUACUAUUGUUUAUGUACAAUUAUCUCAAUUUCUUCUUGAAAAAACUCGUGUUGUACUUGCAAGUGGUAAUAAAAGAAAUUUUCAUAUAUUAUACUCAAUAUAUUCACAUUUUUCUCAAAAUCAAACAAAUCCUUGUGUUUUGAUUGAUCAAGAAUCAUUUGAAUUAUUUCAAACAAUUACACAUUAUACAUAUCUUGGAAAUAGUUAUAAUCAAACAAUAUCAUCAUUACCAUUAGUUGAUUUAUUUCAAAUAUUAAAAGAAUUAAAUAUUACAGAUGAUGAACAAUCAUCAAUAUUAGCAAUUCUUACGGCAAUUAUUCAUUUAGGAAAUGUUUCAUUUAAAGCUGAAACAGAAAUCAAUGAACCUGGCUGUUCAAUUGAUGAACAGUCGAAGCCACAUGUAAAUGCUGUUUAUCGUUUAUUAAAAAUUGAUAAUAAUCAAUUUAUCCAAUCAUUAUGUCAAUCAAGUUUAAUGACACGUGGUGAAACAGUUACGAAAUUAAAUACUAUUGCUGAAGCACAACAAACACGUGAUGCUAUGGCAAAAUCUCUUUAUUCACGUUUAUUUGAUUGGAUUGUAUUUGCAUUAAAUCGUUAUUUUCGUACGGAACUUGAAUAUCAACCAAAAUCAAUUGUUGAUAUUCGUAAACAACAUGAAAGAGAUAUAUUAAAUAAUGAAUUUUCUGUUCGAGCUAAAUUAAAUGAAGAAUUACAUACAAAAAAACAAAAUGAUGAUUUAUAUUCAAUAUCAAUACUUGAUUUAUUUGGUUUUGAAACAUUUGGUCAUAAUUCUUAUGAACAAUUAUGUAUUAAUAUUGCUAAUGAACAAUUACAGUAUUUUUUUCGACAACAUACAUUUGCAUGGGAAAUGAAAGAAUAUGAAAAUGAAGAAAUACAAAACACAAGUUAG